CGAAUUAUAUUUAUUGCUUAUAUUUAUCGCUUUUCAGUACUAGCAGCAGUAUUGGAGGAGCAAAGAAAACAACAUGACAUGGAAAUGGAAGUGAUAAAUGUGCAAUGUGAAAAAGAUUUGGCAACUGUAAAAAGAAUAAACAGAAAAUGCAAAGAAGAUGUAAAUUAUACCAUAAUUAGAACAGAGCGGAAAAUGAUGAUGGCUUACAAGGCAUCUGAAAUGAAACAGAAAGAGAUCCGCGAAGAUGUAAGCAAUGCAGAGAUUCACCUAAAAAAGAUUCGCACGUUGAAUCUAGCGUUGGAAAAGGAAGCUCGGGAUAAAAGAUUUAAAAUCGAAUCACAGCUUUUGGGUAUAAUCAACAAGUACGACACAGAGAUUGGUGAAAAGCAAAAACAGAUGGAAUUACUCAUUCUACAAUUUGAGACUGAUAAAAAAAAAAAGGAAGAUUUAGAGGCUGAAAUAGAGAGGCAAACAGAUCUGUAUGACGCUUUUAUGAAAGAGAAACAAGAUGCAGAAGAUGCAAUAAUCAAUGAAAAAUUAGCAAAGUUAAUGAUGACUCGCGCAGUAAAAAUUAUUCAGCGAUGGUGGCAUUCAAUGCGAGAACAGCGUAAGGCUAAGUUAGCCAAAAAGAAAACGAAAAACAAGAAACAUAAGGUAUGGCUUCAUAGUUUGCAAAGUAGAGAGUUAAUACUGAUUGAAAAUUCCACAGCUUUUGUUGUCAUAUCACAUACAUCGGCCAAGUGUUUGUCUAAAAGUUUAUACUAUAAAUAAAAUUUAAUGACGUUUUGA